CUAGUUUAGCGUCCGCCCAUGUCCCUGAACUCAGUUGAUAUCCGCCGUGUCCUCCUCACCUCACCUCCUUUCUAGAAAGAGAAAGAAAAGAUCUCUCUUUUACCAUCACUGUCCCCAUUAUUGUCAUCUGAGACGACGACGACGAAUAGUUAUGGUCAGAGGAAUUUGUCUAGAGGGAGAGAACGAGGGAAAAAAAGGGGGGGACAGAAUACAGAAAGUACUGACAUGAAUGAAAUACUUCUACACGGCUUAGGUUUCGUGAAAUCUGAAUCUGCAAUCAAUAAUUCUCUCCCUUCUUUGUGAUUUGAUAUAAUGGCUACCCCUUUGACGGGAAUUCAACCCAGAGAUGGAGGAGGAGGAGGAGGGGUUGCUAUAAUGACAGGUCCUGUAAGCCAAUCUGGGCAGUCUUCUAAGUCUGGUGUUAAGAAUUCUGCUCUAAAGUCUCCUAUUUUGAUCUUCUUGUUCUUUCACAAAGCUAUUCGUUCUGAACUUGACGACCUUCAUCGGGCUGCUGUCGAAUUUGCUUCUAAUCAGGAUAGCGAGAUCAAACCCUUGUUAGAACGCUACCAUUUCCUUCGUUCGAUCUAUAAACAUCAUUGCAACGCCGAAGAUGAGGUUAUUUUUCCAGCUCUUGAUCUACGUGUGAAGAAUGUGGCACGAACCUAUUCUCUUGAGCAUGAAGGAGAAAGUUUUCUUUUUGACCAACUUUUUAAUCUACUGAAUGCAAGUACACGUGACAAAGAAAGUUGUAGGAGAGAAUUGGCUUCUUGUACGGGAGCACUUCAAACUUCAAUUAACCAACACAUGUCAAAAGAAGAAGAGCAAGUUUUCCCCCUGCUAAUAGAAAAGUUUUCCUUUGAAGAACAAGCAUCUCUUGUCUGGCAGUUCUUGUGCAGUAUACCUGUAAAUAUGAUGGCAGAAUUCUUGCCUUGGUUGUCUUUGUCCAUAUCAAGUGAUGAAUGCGAGGACAUGAGGAAGUGUUUGAGCAGAAUAGUCCCAGAAGAGAAGCUUCUUCAGCAGGUAAUUUUCACCUGGAUGGAUGGAGUCAAGACGAAAACUAAAUUUAGUAAUUGCGAAGGCGAUACUGUUCAUCAGACUUCUCCUGAUUCUAGGAGGUGUAAAAGAAAGUAUUUGGAAGUUAACCCUGAGACUGAGGAGUGUGAGAACCCUAUAGAUGAGAUCUUGCAUUGGCACAGGGCAGUUAAAAAGGAAUUGAAUGAUAUAGCUCAAGCAGCCCGGAGAAUAAAGUCGUCUGGUGAUUUUUCUGGCUUGUCCACUUUCAAUAAAAGACUGCAAUUUAUUGCAGAAGUUUUUAUCUUUCACAGUAUUGCAGAAGAUAAAGUUAUAUUCCCAGCUGUAGAUGCUGAACUUUCUUUUGCCCAGGAGCAUGCUGAAGAGAAAAGUCAAUUUGAGAAGUUUAGAUGUCUAAUAGAAAGCCUUGAAAGUGCUGGAGCUAAUUCCUCUGCCGAGUUCUAUUCAAAAUUAUGUUCACAUGCUGAUCAUAUCAUGCAAACCAUAGAAAAGCACUUCCAGAAUGAGGAAGUCCAGGUCCUUCCACUUGCGCGAAAGCAUUUUAGCCCAGCACGACAACGAGAACUUCUUUACCAAAGUUUAUGUGUUAUGCCGUUGCGAUUGAUUGAAUGUGUGUUGCCAUGGUUGGUUGCAUCACUUGGUAAAGAAGAAGCGAGACUCUUCCUCCGCAAUAUGCACCUUGCAGCUCCAGCAUCAGAUGCUGCCCUAGUUACACUAUUUUCUGGAUGGGCUUGUAAAGGUGGUCCAACAGAUGUGUGUUUGGUUCCUAGCUCAUCCAGUUGCUGUUCUGUAGAACUACAAAAGAAAGUGAAGGAAAAUGCAUUGUAUAAAGCAUCUUGCCCCUGCACCUCUUUGCUUUUGAAUGAGAAGAGUUCCACAUCUUCUCAACAGGAUGAUACUACAAGGCCAUUCAAGCGUGGAAGUUCAAGUAAUUUGGAUAAUAAGCAAUCUUGUUGUGUUCCUGGGCUGGGAGUGAGUAGCAAUACUUUAGGCACAGCAAAGUCUCUUCGAUCCCUGUCGUUCAGUCCUGCUCCGUCACUUAACUCGAGCCUUUUCAAUUGGGAGACUGAUAUUAGCCUAACUGACAACGGCUAUGCAAACCGACCAAUUGAUAACAUAUUUAAGUUUCACAAAGCUAUUCGCAAAGAUUUGGAGUAUCUAGAUGUUGAAUCUGGAAAAUUAGUUGAUUGCGAUGAAAAUUUUCUAAUGCAGUUCAGUGGAAGAUUUCGUUUGCUUUGGGGCUUGUAUAGAGCACAUAGUAAUGCUGAGGAUGAUAUAGUGUUCCCAGCCCUGGAAGCAAAGGAAACACUUCACAAUGUUAGCCAUUCGUAUACGUUGGACCACAAGCAGGAAGAAAAACUCUUUGAGGAUAUAUCUUCCGCACUUUCUGAGCUUGUUCAACUACACGAGAACUUUGAGAACGCAGAUUCAAGUAGAAAAAACUCACAUCCUGACUAUUGUGAUAGUUGGAGGAAAUAUGAUGAGCUGGCAACAAAGCUUCAGGGUAUGUGUAAAUCAGUUAGAGUGACGUUGGAUCAGCAUGUUUUCCGAGAGGAGCUUGAGCUUUGGCCACUGUUUGAUAGACAUUUCUCUGUUGAGGAGCAGGAUAAAAUUGUUGGCCGUAUAAUUGGCACUACUGGGGCAGAAGUACUACAAUCUAUGUUGCCAUGGGUAACAUCUGUUUUAACUCAGGAGGAGCAGAAUAAAAUGAUGGACUCGUUAAAGCAGGCAGCGAAAAACACAAUGUUUAGUGAGUGGCUUAAUGAAUGGUGGGAAACAACUCCAUCUGCAUCUUCAGAGGUCUCUAUGGCUGAGCAUAGUGUAUCUCAAGGCACUGAACACCUGGAUGCUUUGGAUCAGAGUGACAACACUUUCAAGCCUGGUUGGAAAGAUAUCUUCAGGAUGAAUCAAAGUGAGCUUGAAUCGGAAAUCAGGAGGCUCUCGAGGGAUUCCUCUCUUGAUCCAAGGAGAAAAGCAUAUCUUAUCCAAAAUCUUAUGACAAGUCGCUGGAUAGCUGCUCAACAGAAGUUGCCUCAUACAAGGACGGGUGAAACUUCAAGUGGUACAAAUCUACUUGGAUGCUCCCCAUCUUACCGUGAUACUGAAAAACACGUGUUUGGAUGUGAGCAUUACAAGAGAAAUUGUAAACUUCGUUCUGCUUGCUGUGGAACGGUUUUUACUUGUAGAUUCUGCCAUGAUAAUGUUAGUGAUCAUUCAAUGGACAGAAAGGCUACAACUGAAAUGAUGUGCAUGCGUUGUCUGCAAAUCCAGCCUAUUGGUCCAGUUUGUGCAACACCUUCUUGCAAUGGAUUCCAGAUGGCAAAAUACUAUUGUAGUGUCUGUAAAUUUUUCGAUGAUGAUGAGGAAAGGAGCAUAUAUCACUGCCCUUUUUGUAAUUUAUGCCGGCUUGGGAAAGGACUUGGCAUUGAUUUCUUUCAUUGCAUGACUUGCAAUUAUUGCCUUGCGAUGAAAUUGGUGGAUCAUAAAUGUAGAGAGAAAGGUUUAGAAACAAACUGCCCCAUAUGCUGCGACUUUUUGUUCACAUCAAGUGCAACUGUCAGAGCUCUUCCUUGUGGCCAUUUCAUGCAUUCAGCUUGCUUUCAGGCAUACACAUGCACUCAUUAUAUCUGCCCAAUUUGUAGCAAAUCAUUGGGAGAUAUGUCGGUAUACUUUGGCAUGCUUGAUGCUCUAUUGGCUUCUGAGGAACUUCCAGAAGAGUACAAGGACCGCUGUCAGGAUAUAUUAUGCAAUGACUGCGAUAAAAAGGGAACAACCAGAUUUCAUUGGCUAUAUCAUAAAUGUGGCUCUUGCGGUUCUUACAAUACCAGAGUAAUUAAAUUGGAUUCCAACUCUAAUUGCUCAACGCCAAGCUAAGACUGGCUUUUACUAAACAAAGUAAAGGCGAUAGACAUAUCUCUGUUCGGUCAGGUCAUCCCGUCUACUUUCUUAGUAUUUCAGAUAUUUUUUAGAGCCUACACGUUAUAUAGACAUCGUAUAGAUGUUGGGUUGUCUCAGACUCAGGCAGAAAAUGGAAACAUUUGGAUGAAAAUAGGUGAACAGUUUUGAAAUUGGAUCAGAAGAACAGAUGGAUGUAAGAAUGAAUGAAUCCAUCCAUCCAUCCUCAUUUGAAGACCUGUUAGACUGUUAUUAGACAUAUAAAGCUGUCUAAUCACAUAUGGAGUUUUGGCUGAGUAUGGUACAGAAGAGUAGAGUUGAAUUUUCUGAGUUUUUCUUUCAAGUUAAUAAGACUACUAGUAGUGAAAUGCAUAACUAUAGUUCUCAGCAUGGCUGCUGUGUAAAUAAUGCAAAAUAUUCUUCCCUUCCCCACUU